AUGCUGCAUUUCCCGCAUUUCAAUUCCCAACAGUAUAAAUUCCUGCCAGAAAAGAUCGAAGGAACUCCAACUGAACUCAAAAAUAAGAUCUACAAUUGGUCAUUGUGUUCCACGCAAAAUUGUACAGACCAUGACGGUGUUACACAAAGCUACACAAGAGUCCAACGCUGGUAUGUUACUGCGUUAGGUUGUGGCCAAUUCUGGGUUCAGGGGUGUUUGAUUUAUGUUCUGGUGACUAAGGUUGGCAGUAGUUUAGGUAAUGUGUAG